AACAGCCAUGUUUCGUUACGUCACCGUGUUAUGGCCUCGUGAAACAGCCUGUCGGAGUAAAUUUUGGGGAUUUGCUCUAAAACCUCGUAAAUUUAAAUGUAUGCCAUUCGUGCCAUGGUUUAGCGUAAAGUAGAUGAUUUAUUGGUGUGUUGUAGGCUGUAAGGUGGUUCAGUAGGUUAUACCGUCAAACCAUUACACGCGUGUGAAAGUUAAAGUUAUUGCUAAAAUCAAAAGUGAGGUGGAUUUCAGGCAUGGGACGUAAAAAACAGGGUAAAUCUGAUCGACCCGUUCACAAGGGCAAAGACACACGCCACAGGAUGAAGGGGAAGUCAUUAGAAACUUUCACCGAGGAGAUGCAUGAGGCUCUGCAAGCCAGUGAGGAUGCGGAUUCAGAGGCAGCAGGAGGUGUGAAGUUGCCCUGUCAGUUGGCCAUGUGGGAUCUGGGUCACUGUGACCCGAAACGGUGUACAGGACGAAAGCUGGCCAGGAAAGGUUUAGUGCGCUGCCUGCGACUCAACCAGCGCUUCAAUGGACUAAUACUCAGCCCAAUGGGAAUCAAAUACGUUACACCUGCGGACAGGGAGAUUGUGGCACAGGGUGGUCUAGCUGUGAUUGACUGUUCAUGGGCACGACUCGAAGACACGCCUUUCAGCAAAAUGAUUGGUUCACAUCCGAGGCUUUUGCCAUUCUUGGUCGCAGCAAAUCCUGUAAACUAUGGAAAGCCAUGCAAGCUGUCCUGUGUCGAGGCUUAUGCUGCCACCUUCUGUAUUGUGGGAUUUCGUGACCUUGCUGUGCUCCUGCUGAAGAAGUUUAAGUGGGGUUUGGGAUUUUUGGAGCUGAAUAAGACUCUUCUAGAGCGUUAUGCAUCCAGCCAGUCAGAAGAGGAACUACUGGCUGUGGAGAAAGAGUUUCUCAGUGCCGCCCCUCAGGAAGAGGAUAUAGAUCCUUUUGAUGUGGACUCAGGAAGAGACUUUGUAAAUCUCAACAGACCAGUCCAGGCUGAGGAUGAUGACAGUGAUGAGACAUCAGAGGAAGAAGAUAAUGGUGAAGAGGAAGAACAGAAGAGUAAAGAGGAAGAUGAUGAAAGUGAUGUGGCGUCUUGAGUUGUGUAAUCUUAAAAUGAAACAUUUGGGGAAGAAGGAGGUUCAGUGACUGAUUUACUAACAUUGACCUUCACUUGACAUUAGCAAACUUAUGUUUUCUCAGUGUUUGCAGAUGGUUGCAGAUAUGGAACUAGUAAGUUAACAAAACCAGCGUUAUCAGUUUUCAAGAUUUCAGUAAGCAAUUUCCCAAAAUACUUUUUAUAAUGUGGAAAAAUGUACUAUUUGUUCACGAGAAGAAUCUUCUCAAACUGUAAUAAUGUUUAUUAUUGCGAAAAAUGUUGACUUGUUUAUAAGUAGACUGAAAUGUUUAAAUAAAUAUUUAAAUGGUAUUUGCUUUUUUAGUAUAGGUUACUAGGUGUUUGACUGAUUUUACACAGCCUGUAAAAAAAAAAACAGAUUGAUCCUGGAGAAUUAGUAAAUUACAGACCGAUCUCAAAUCUACCUAUUCUGUCAGAGGUACUAGAAAAUGUAUACUACUCACAGUUGUUCUUUCUUAGAGAGAAAUGGUAAAUCAGUUCAUAGCAAUGAAUGAAGAAGUAUCAAAUCAUUCACAAAUGCAGUAUGGAGUACCACAAGGCUCGGUACUAGGACCAUUGCGUUUCAUGCUUAACAUAUCAUCAGGAAACAUGGUGUUAGUUUUAUGCUGAUGAUACUCAGCUCUAUAUUUAUUUGUGGCCUGAUAAAACAUAAAACUAACAGAAUGCAUAUCUGAUAUAAAAAAAAAUUCUACUGCUAAAUUAUGAAAAAUAGAGGUUUUAAUUAUCAGACCAAGAUCCUUUGCAUGUAAUAAUCUAGAAUACUAGAACACUUGAUGGCUGUGCUGUAAAUUCUUCUUCAUCAGUUAGAAACCUAGGUGUGCUAUUUGGUAGCAACCUUUCCUUUGAAAGUCAUGUUUCUAGAAUUUGUAAAACAGCAUUUUUCCAUCUUAAAAAUAUAUCAGAAUUAUGACCUAUGCUCUCAAUGUCAAAUUCAGAAACAUUAAAUAAUGCAUUCAUGACCUCAAGUUUAGAUUAUUGUAAUGCUUUAAUACACUGCAGUCUUAAUAAACAAAUUCCAUUUAGUCAAAAAUGCAGCAGCUAGAUUCUUACAAGUACUAGGAAGUAUGAUCAUAUUAGCCCAGUUCUGUCAACACUGCACUAGCUCCCUAUUAAACACUGGAUACAUUUUAAAAUCGAACUAAUUACUAAAGCUCUGAAUGGUUUAGUUCCAAAGUACUUGAUCAAGCUCAAAUCGUAUUAUAGUCCUUGACGUCCGAUCUCAAAACUCUGGCCAUUUGAUAAUAUCUAAAAUAUCAAAAUCAACUAUGGGCGACAGAUCCUUUUCCUAUUUAGCCCCAAACUCUACUUAGCAUUGUUCGGGAGUCAGAUCUCUUUAACCAUAACACACAAUCUCAUCUCUGUAGUUCAAAUCCAUUAAAGGUUUGUUAGGCUGCAUUAAUUAGGUUAACGGGAAGCAGUACCACUUCCCAUAACACCCAAUGUACCUCUAACAUCAUAAGAAGAAUGGCAUCCACAGGGAUCAGCACCUUUGACUUCUAUAGCCUUGAAUGUCAGCGGAGACCAUGUCAACUAGACGAACCCUAGAGACAGAUCCCCUGUGAAAACAUUAUCUGCCAUCGGUACAAGACCAUGAGAAGCAGACGUGUCCACACCAAUGCUGAUUUCAUCUGGCCAUAAAAGAACUGACCCCCCCAAAUGAGCCUGGUUUCUCCCAAGGUUUUUUUUUCCUCCGUUACUGUCAUAGAUGAAGUUAUGAAACUGUUUAUUUGACUGCACAGACACUAUUUAAAGGGAACUGAGCUGAGCUGGACGAUGAAAUCACUGAAUCAACAAUGAACUGACUUUAACUGAGAAACUAUUUUCUCUUUGUUUUCUAAUGUUGUUCUCUUGCAUUAUCAGAGCACAUUUUUUCAGUUUAACACUUUAAUGCUGCUUUGACACAAUUUGUAUUGUAUAUGAAUAAAGGUGCCUUGUCUUGA